CCUAGUAUCUUCUGAUAUUGGUGUUAAAGGCUUCUACUUUCAUCAGGCACGCAGUUAGUGUGGAUGCGGGACCUUUUGAUGAGAGAGGUUGUGGGGUGCAUCAUGCCCGUGCACCUUUCCUACCAAAACGAUAACCACAAAACCACAUUUUGAAGCAUUUAUAUUUAAACGCCCCGUCCGCCACACUUCCUAUUACAAUUGCCGCUCCAUCUUUCUCUUUCUAAUUUUCCUCACCCUUACCAUUUGUUAGUCUUGCAGCUUUUGAAGUGAAAUAGCUACCCUCCUCCUAGCUCUAGUCUUACCCCUCCCCUAAUAAAACCUAUCCGCCCCCCUAGUAUUGGCCCACGAUAACCUCCAAUGUCUCAUCCAAAGAACGGUGAUCUCCUUGCUGUCCUCACUGAGAGGCUUCACCUCAACGCUGCCGAAGAAGCUGCAAAAGACGUUGAGAUUUUUGGUGGAAAGGAGAACGCUCUCCUUAACCCUCUUUCCUCUAACCUUGCCCCACCGCCACUUAUCCCCUCAGACGAGUCUGAACUGGAUGAGGCGGGGGCCCUGGAAAGUGAAGAGGAGGUGCAAGACGCUGUAUCUGAGGACUCCAAACCGGCAAAGAAGUUUGACGACCCACAGAGCCACAACAACGGCUCCUUCCGCGGUCGCCCGUCUUCGUGUGUCUUUGUUGCAAGCCUUUCCUCCUCUAUGUCCGACGACCACUUGUGUAUGUCGGUGACGAAACAUUUCCUGAAAUGGGGUGAGCUUUCGAUGGUGAAGGUACUUAGAGAUACGUCCAAUCGUCCGUAUGCGUUUGUCCAAUUCUCAACCGAUGUAGACGCCAAAAAGGCAAUCUUGGAAGGUCAGCAUUCUAUUCUCGAUGGCAGAUCCAUCCGUUGUGAGUCAGCUAGAGUGAACCGUACCUUGUACAUCGCUCCUGAGUCGGUUCAAGAACUCGGUGUAGAUCACGUCAGAGAGUCCAUGGAGGAGUUUGGUGAGGUAGAACAGCUCAUGCCCUAUCCGUUGUACGGCGGCCUUCACCCAAGACAGGCCCGCUCUGGGGAUAAGACCAGCCAUGCGUUCUUUUGCAAGUAUGCGUACCGCGAUGAUGCUAUCAGAGCGUAUGCUAACUUGCGUAACGACCGCGCUUGGAUCGUGGAAUGGGCGCAAAACUUGGACUCCCCAGCUGACAUGCUAGAAGAUGUUACCAUCGACAAGUUCUCUGUGUUUGUUGGCCAGUUGGACCCUCGGGUGACGGAAGAAAAGUUGGUGGACCGUUUCAGCAAUCACGGGCCGAUUGCCGAAGCGGUUUUGGUCCAACGGCCAAACAACAAUUGUUUUGGUUUUAUCAAAUUCGAGACUGAGGUUGCCGCUGCGGCCGCCGUGGAGAAGGAGAACCACGCCAUCUUCAUGGAGAAAACCAUGCACGUUCAGUACCGUGAAAUGCACCACAACAACCAUAAGCGUUCGAGCGAAAUGAAGCUCACUUUGGCACCACCGCCGAUCAACUUGCCGUCAAGACGGGCCAGUACAGGUACGGUCUCGUCCCGCUCCAGUUUCGGCAAGGGAAACGGUAGCUUCUCUCGCAACAGACGGGCCAGCGGUGAGAUCAUCAACCCUCGUGCAGAAUCAAUGUACGGGUCUAGAUCGUUCAAGUCCAACUCUGGGUUCCCAUCGUAUGCACAGGCCUCUACCUCGUCGUCUAACGAAGUGUCCAGCUUCCGCUCCUCGCGGUUUAGCCGGAACGACCACAAUAGCUCCAAAGCGUCUUCGGUCACAUUUAAAGACAGGGGCCGCAUCGAUUACUAUGCCCCAGAGGACGAUAGCACCGACAGGACCCUCAACGACGAUUUAGAGCACACCUUGACCGACGACUGCGAAAAGGCCCACACGCCUCUGAAAAUAAAAGGCAGAAAGGAGAUCACGCCUGGCACUUCUCCGAGCUUGAACACCGCGGGUUCUCCAGGCCUCUCCAAGACACUCUACUCUCCGAGUACCGUGGGGUAUUCCGACAGACCAGACGAGGUUCUGGGAUUCAAGAGAAGAGGCCCUAACGUAGACCCCGGCCAGGUGCAGCACCCGCCGCAGGUUUCAAUUCCACACUUUUACUACGUUCCAACCAAGGAGGUUUAUGGGUCGUACGAGUAUGCGCCAAUCGCCCACGGGGCGAUGCCACCGUAUUACUACGGGGCCUACCAGCCUUAUCCCCAAUACGAAGGAAUGGAGUACGCGCAGGGUACCAUGCCACAAUACUACAUGUAUUAUCCACACCACGUGCCUUUUAACGCCGGGCAGCCUUCCGAGUUUGCUCCACCUCACGCUCCUACCAAGUCUACUACCAGCGAUAAUGUGGGAGCUGUAGCCGGUACCAACACCAACGUCAAGGAAGGGGCAGUUGAGGAUGAGCUGAAUUAGGGUGUGUCCGUUGUGCGUGCUGUCAGCGGCUACAGUUGAUAUUCCUUCCGAGCCGCAAUACCGACGCCACCACGACUUGUACUCCUCGUACCAUCUGGUCCGCCUGAUGCAAGCUUGAUUUUUUUUUUUUU